AGUUCGGUUGUGUGUGUGUGUGUGUGUGUAUGUGUGUCCUUGUACGGGCCCAGGAUAGACAAACAACAGGACGCUUCAGAGAUCAGCGCUAGACAUGAAACACUUACUGAGCCUUCACAGGGUGGCCACUCGGGCCUUCAAUACGACUGCAAGACAGAUGAAGAAUAAGGUCCCGGAGAAGCAAAAGCUUUUCCAGGAGGACAAUGGGUUACCGGUCCACAUUAAAGGAGGAACCACAGAUAUGCUACUCUAUCGUUUUACCAUGACCCUCACUAUUGUUGGCACUGGAUUUUCCUGUUACUGGCUUUUGGUGGCCUCUAUGCCCAGGGCCAAAGCAGAAUAAUAAGAACAGCUGACUGUGUGUUUCGGUAUUGAGUUGAUCUGAAUAGGGUGCACAAAGACAAAUCUGAUUAAAUAAAGCAUCAUGUAUAGUGUGUAUAAAAUAAACCUUAUUUGAAAUGA